UAUAGCCCCUACACUAAUAUUUUGAUAAUGGGGUAUUUUUGUCUUAACAAAUUCGUAACUUAGGUAUAUGAGCCUUGACGAGCCAUUAGGUGGAAUCAUUUCAACACAAGAGGGAAAAUCCGGGCUCUUAGAAGGAAAAUUUUCUCUUGAGAAGGUGUUGAAGGAACUUCUAGUAAAAGGACGCAUUGCUCUACUGCAGACCAAGUCCGAUCAAGAUUCAGAGCUAUACAAUUUUGAAAUUGAUUCCACGACCCAACUGCAUCUUCUUCGAAAUACAACUCCAUUUAUCAUCAGAUGUUUCUCGGCAUCCAACCAGCAUUCUUUCACUGUGUCUUACCUCGUAAACUCAUGUGGGUUGUCCCCAGAAACUGCUAUUUCUGCAUCCGAGAAGAUACACUUUGAAAACCCUAAAAACCCAGAUUCCGUUCUCGCUCUUCUCAGAAACUCGGGAUGUACCAACACCCAUAUCACCAAAAUUGUAACCAAGCUUCCUUCACUGCUCUUGGUCGAUCCUGAGAAGACCCUUUUGCCCAAACUCGAAUUUUUUUGUUCUAUGGGCUUUUCUAGUGCUCGUGUUGCUAGCAUGCUCUCUCCCGAUCCAAGUCUCUUGGGUAGGAGCUUAGAAAAGGUUCUAAUUCCCAAGUAUAAUUUCCUCAAGAGUGUACACAUCAGUAAUGAAGAUGCCAUAAAGGUUCUCAGGAGGUCAUCCUGGAGUUCUAGUGGAAAUCUGGAGAGGAACAUAGCUGCCAAUAUUGCAGUUCUGAGAGAAACUGGAGUUCCCAUAUCCCGUAUUUCAUAUUUAGUGACGCGUUAUCACGCAAUCUCCCUAAGAAGUGAUAAAUUCAGUGAAAAUGUCAAGAAGGUUGUGGAAAUGGGAUUUAAUCCUUUGAAAUUUACUUUCCUGGAUGCACUCCAAGCAUUCUGUCAAACGACUGAAUCAACUCGGCAACAAAAAAUGGAGAUGUAUAGGAGGUGGGGUUGGUCUGAAGAUGAGAUUCUAUCGGCAUUCAGACGUCGUCCACAAUGUAUGCAAUUGUCUGAGAAGAAAGUUAACAAGGUGUUGGAUUUCCUUGUGAACAAAAUGGGUUGGCAGCCUGCAGUUGUUGCUAGGGCUCCAGUAGCUAUCUGCCUCAAUUUUGAGAAGAGGGUUGUUCCAAGGUGUUCAGUGGUGAAAGUUCUGUUAUUGAAAGGGUUGAUAAAGAAGGAUUUGAAGUUAGGUACUUUUCUGAAUCUCCCUGUUGGGGAUUUCUUGGAUAAGUAUGUAAUCAAAUAUGAGGAUGAUAUUCCUCAGUUACUAGAUGUAUAUAAAGGGAAGGUGAGUUUUAUGGAGCUUAGGAGAUAGUGAUACAUGGCAUGAAAUGAUUGUAGCAUUUCAACUUUACAAGCCCAAGUAGUUACCAUUCUUUCCUAAGUGUUGUUAUAUUUCUGGCACAUCAGUUUUUGCACUAUUUUGAUAAUUGUCUUAACCAACUUCUGCUGGUGGCAACCGCCUACGAUUUCUUCUUUUGGUUUUGUUUAUGAUGGGCAAUACAUGCCUUAAGAGUAGAUGGAGAUAUGUAUUCAAUGAUGAAACAAAAAAGUAGGUUUGAAAACCCCAAAGUUUUGUAUGGCUUAGUUUCUAAAGUUUGGUUUGCAGAUUUCUCUGGUAUAUUGGAGUGCUUAUCAUUCUCCUUUCCUCCAUGGGAAGUUCCCUAUGGUAACUAAAAGGUGUAUUUUGUUUUGCCAAUCAAUAUAUGAAUUUAACUGAAUUUACUCUUCA